UUUGGUUUCCAUUUAGAGCCGCUUCAAUCAAUCAAUACUCCUUAUUUUUGGAUCCUAUGGCAUCUCCUUUAAGAAGUCUAAAAGGAAAAAUUGCGUUGAUAACCGGAGCAUCAAGCGGUAUCGGGGAACGCACUGCCAAACUAUUUGCUGAACACGGAGCAAAAAUUGUCAUCGCCGACGUCCAAGACCAACUUGGACAAGCUGUUUGUGAUGCCAUAGGCUCGUCAAACUCAAAAUUUCUCCAUUGUGAUGUAACAAAGGAAGACGACGUAAAGAAUGUAGUAGAUACUACAAUCGAUGCGUAUGGAAAACUUGACAUAAUGUUUUGUAAUGCAGGGAUGGCAGAUCCUUACAAGGCGAGAGUCAUGGACGUCGAAAAACUGGAUUUCCAACGUGUUCUCGAUGUUAAUGUCUUGGGUGUCUUCUUGAGCAUGAAACAUGCUGCUAGAGUUAUGGUUCCAGCAAGAGCUGGUUCGAUAAUAUCAACGGCUAGCCUCGCUUCAAAUAUUGGUGGUGCAGCCUCACAUGCUUACUGUUGUUCAAAGCAUGCUCUAGCCGGCUUGACAAAGAAUCUGGCGGUAGAGCUUGGGCAAUUUGGCAUUCGAGUCAAUUGUUUGUCACCUUAUGUAAUGGUCACACCAUUAUCCACGAGUUUUCUUGGGCUUGAAGAUGAAGGUCUAGUGGACUUUGUGAGCUCAUGUGCAAAUCUUAAGGGGGUGACACUCACGACAGAUGAUGUUGCCAACGCAGCCCUUUUUCUAGCGAGUGACCAGGCUAAGUACAUUAGUGGACAAAAUCUUCAUAUCGAUGGUGGACUAGGCAUCGUUAAUCCAUCAUUUGGCUUGUUUAAAUAUCCCGAUAAUUGAUUUUAGACUAGGAAGUUUUAAAAAUUUACUAUAUUUAAUAAAAUGGACCAUUUUGAAAAUAUAUCAUUUUGGUUCGGGUCUAAACAAGCAGGCACAAUGAUGUUAACAACCAAUGUUAGCUUCAAAUUGCGUUGGUGGAUUUACAAAUAAUCACACUUUAGUUGGCCCGACCAAGAAUUCGACUAUAGAUCUUGGGCUAUUUGAUAUUUGAGUCAAUUGUUUUCACCUUCAACAAUGGCCACACCAAUGGCUACAGGAUGGGGAACUUUUGAGAACAUAUUGAACUUGCUUUAAAGGUGUGAGACAUUAGAUAAAACAGACGAUGAUGCUAAAGCCAUAUUUUGGUGUAGGCGUGGAAUACUGGCAUUGUGGGCUCUCCACGCCGGGCACACCACCCCCAGGCGCUAUGGGCAAAAAACAUUUCACCCCGUGAUAAUUAUAACGCGGCCAUCUUAGUUGCUCUCUCACACACAUAUAUAUAUA